CGCUGCACUGCACUCUGCAGCUGCUGCAGCAGAGGGCUUCGUUUCGUCCGAUCCUCCAGAUUUCGGGUUCGCAUUCCGUGAAGCAGUUGGUCUUGCUGAAAGCGGACGCCGCGUUUCCUUCAGUUUUGUCUUCGGAAGUCCGUUCUUUUCCGAGCCGGCGUCGAUUUUUUCGAUAAUUGGUUCGCAAUUCGGCAUUUUGGGGUGGGUUUUAGAGCGGGAUUGUUGCGGAAGGUCGUCGGAGAUUUUUCGUUGAGCGUUUUUGCGUUCUAGUGGUGAGGCUCGGAGGCGAAUUGUGAAAGGAUUCGUGGAACGAGGGGACACUUUUGAGGCUGAAUUGCGCAAUGGCGGACGGGAUGGCGGUUGCCGACAUGUUCACCGUGCAUCACACGGUGGGGCGAGUGCUUUGUUGUAUGUGUGGGGUGUCGAUGGCCCCGAAUGCGGCCAACAUGUGCGUGGCUUGCCUGCGGUCUCAAGUGGACAUCACCGAGGAUUUGCAGAAGCAUGUGACGAUUCUGUACUGCCCUGAGUGCGAGCGAUACUUGCAGCCUCCGCGGACGUGGGUGAAGGCGCAGCUGGAGUCCAAGGAGCUGCUGACGUUUUGCAUCAAGAGGUUGAAGAAUUUGACCAAGGUGAGAUUGGUGGACGCAGGGUUUAUCUGGACCGAGCCUCAUUCCAAGAGGCUGAAGGUGAAGUUGAAAAUUCAAAAGGAGGUGGUGAACGGAGCCAUUCUUGAGCAAGCGUACGUGGUUGAGUACACCGUGGAUGAUCACAUGUGUGACAAAUGCACCCGAGUUGCCGCCAACCCUGAUCAAUGGAUUGCGAAAGUGCAGCUGAGGCAGAAAGUUGAUCACAAGAGAACCUUCUUCUUUCUGGAGCAGCUGAUCAUCAAGCACCAGGCUUCUUCUCAGUGCAUCAACAUCAAACAGAUGCACGAUGGAGUGGAUUUUUUCUACUCCAACCGAAGUCAUGCCAUCAAGUUCGUGGACUUUCUCAACAAUGUCGUUCCCAUCAAGUUCAGGAACGACAAGCAGUUGGUCUCCCACGACACUCACAGCAACACCUACAACUACAAGUUCACCUUCUCAGUAGAGAUCUGUCCAGUUUGCAGGGAUGAUCUCGUCUGCCUGCCCCAGAAAGUAGCUGCCAGUCUUGGAAAUAUCGGACCACUGGUUCUCUGCAUGCGAGUUUCGAAUAAUUUGAUGCUUCUCGACCCAAAUACUCUCAGAUAUGCUUAUCAUGACUGCAACCAGUACUGGCGAGUUCCCUACAAGGCUCUACUCUCUCACAAGCAGUUGGUAGAGUACAUUGUAUUAGAUGUUGAAGCGGAGCCUGCAAUAUCUAUUGGUAGUAAUCGGUUUUCUCAGGCUCAUGUCCAAGUAGCUCGUGUCUCCGACUUUGGAAAGAAUGAUACCAUUUUCACGGUCAAAACUCACAUUGGUCAUCUUUUGAGCCCUGGUGACCAUGCUCUCGGUUAUGAUUUAUACGGAGCCAACACCAAUGAUAUGGAAAUGGACAAGUACAAGGGUCUCGUCCUGCCUGAUGUGGUGCUCGUGAAGAAGAGCUACGAGGAGACGAGACAAAGGAAGAGGGGAAGGGCCAGACCGUGGAAGCUCAAAAGUUUGGCUAUGGAAAUUGAUCCCGCCGCGGCAACGAAACAGGAGGAGCAAAAGAGAGCUAUGGAGUAUGAGAGGUUUUUGGAGGAGCUUGAGGAGGAUCCGGAGAUGCGGUCCAAGAUUGCUCUAUACAAGGAUCCUAACUACGUGCCAGGAUCCGAGACCGCCUCUAUGAUCGAUGGGGAGCAGCCUCCAUCUGUUCCUUUGGAUGAGUUACUAGCUGACUUACGGCUUGAGGGGGAGAGCAGAGCUGAUUCAGAUGAGGACGAGGACAUGGACGAGGAUUAGUGGACAUCCCGGUCUCAAUUCUACUGUAAAUAACAUUCUGAAACAAUUUUGCAGAUUGCCACUUGGUCACCUUUCCUCUGGGAUUUUUCUUCUCAUUAGUUACACCCGAACCAAUGGCGUAGGGGUCCACGCUUUCGAGUGAGUUUCUGUAUGCAUCAGCGUGUAUCGGUCGGAGACCGCAAGAAGCGUUCUUUAAGGAAGAUCUCGUCGAGCAGCGAACCCUCUAGCUGGACAGUCUGUGGAAGCCCAUAACGAUGUUAGUGAGCUCCGUCAGAUGUCUUCUGGAGACUGCACGAUCGUUGUGACGAGCUUCCUGUUGUUGGGAGAUAGAGAUCACUGUGAUUUUGAGCCGGGGUCACUGGCACCCUUGUGCCCACUUGUGUGUUCGGAGAUGUCUGUAUGCUCGAGUACAGCCGUGUGCUCUCCAUUAUUGUCGCCGAGGUUAUCAGUGAAGCGAAGCAAUUGAGAACGAGAGAAAGGGUUUUCAAAGACCGUGAGGCAGAGGAUUAAGUAGUAGACUCCCGUUGUGGCGGAGGUUCUGAGUAUUGAUUUUUUAUUCGACCUUUGCAUUGACAUGCUAUCAGAAAUGUCGAUGUCUGAUGAAUCUGAGGUGUAGCUUGUGAAAUGGUUAGAAAGAAUUACUUCAAUGCGAGGCAGUAGUGAAGUAGUAGGUAGAGUUAUCAACCAUAAUUUUUCGUUAGGUUUGACGUAGAGUUUCUGGGAAGGAAGAAAUAUAUGUACCCGUACCACCAGAUGACCUGGUCCAAACCUUGUUCUGAGCUUUCGUCUUUCCUCCACGGAGCAUAUAGAGUGUGCAAAGCAACUUUGGAACGGAAAAAUGUGUUCAAAUGUAAACAUUCAAUAAGUCAAGACUUUACGUUUAGCAAAAUUGCCAUCUCUCCCCAGUUACUGUUUACAUGCCCAGUACGUUUCCAUUAUGCAAGUUCUACAUUUUCUCGCAUGGUUGUCGAGGUUUGUGGUUGAGAUGCAGCGGGGUAGAGGUGUUUUGUCGCUGUGGUUUGUAGUUGAAUUAAAGCUGAGAUGUCUAGCGGUUUUGUGUCAACACAAUGAAAUUUUACACCUAUCUGUUUAAAGAUUGUCGUGCUUGAGUAGAGCUUUUAAGCUGGUGGAUGUGGGUGCUCUCCAUGCACGUAGAGUAGCUAUGUAUUUAGGCUGAGCAAGCAUUAAGUGAAACUGGCUGGCACUCAGCAAGUACUGUCGAAUUCUUCAAGCCACGUUGUAUUGUGCGGGUUUAUCGUUCAUCCAUUCAUUAUUUUGUAAGCUUAACCCGAUGAACGCUGGAGGAGCUCCAGGCGAGAUAUGCAUAGGAACAGCACGAAAACUGCCAUCUGAACUCCACUGAUUUUUCGUAGUCCACAAGCCAUCAGGAAAAGCAGGACC